AUGCUCUCAGAGCUCCCAUCGGAGAUCAUCUAUCACAUCGCGAUAUAUCUCCCGACUGCCAAUGCAUUAGCCCAUUUGUCGCAGACAUGUCACCGACUGCACGGCAUCAUCACAGCUGAAAAUUCUAGGAUCUUCCGGGCAUUCGUGCAAAGCAGGUUCCCAUCUAUUGAAACACCACCAUUCUGGAAAGAUGCAGCACAAGCUUUGACUUCUAGGUCCCGGGCCUUGGACAGAAAAGCCAUCAUCGGACGAUUCGUUGUGCCACCCGAAACUGCGACCAAAAUCGGUUCUCACGAGGUGACUCGUCAAGACAAUCCGACCCUCGGAUACAGGCCUGCAAUUGAUUCUUAUGAGAUAUGGAAUGGCCAGCGCUGGGCUGAUAGGAAAGAGGUCCUUGCCUGGGGUGCUGCCAACCAGCUUGUGAUGAGGAUCAAGCAAACGGGUGCUCGAUCGCAAGAAGACUGGCUUGUUUUCAAUGAUGUCGAUCAUAUCAGCAGCUAUGAUGACAUUUGUUCUCUACAUCUUUUAUCCUCGGGGAACCAGUACAGCAACGAUACCGACGUGGAGCAUCUGAUCUUUAGUCGAGUUCGAGGUGAUAUUGCUCACCUUGCCAUAUGUCCUAAGAAAGGAACAUUUGAGCACAAGCAGAAGUUCUUGUCAUAUGGACUCAGACUCGAUAAAUCCGAUUUUAUCAGUGGCACAGACUCUACUUUGACUGCUCAUUUCCAAAAUGGAUCCAUCGCUUUCUACCAUACCAAGACCGACACAGAACAGGUCGAGCCAUUCACAUGGCUUCUCCCAGAAGGCUCCUCACGAAACAACUAUUCCAAACUGCUGUCCUCCUCACUAAUAGCAGUGGGAACUGGGAAUGUGGAAAAUUCCUUGUCGAUCUCGAAACUCACACCAAAUGGUGUCUCUGCAUAUCGAGACAUCGGAAUCGGCUCUUUAGACACUGACUCUACAAGCCUCAGAUCAAAGACCAAAAUCAGUGCGAUUGAGCCUCUCAAUAACCACAAAAUCGCAGGACCUCCCGGCGAAGUCUUCCUAGCCGCCUGGGAUGACUACACGGUCCGACUCCACGACCUGCGCUCCCCGAGGUCCUACGAAGUCUCUUACAGAGACGUCACAGACCUCAAUCCCAUCUACAGUCUCCACACUUUCGGCCAUGAACGCUUCCUAGCCGGAGCUGGUGGCGAAGCCUUAGUCAAGAUUUUCGACCUGCGCAUGUGCAACACAUACAAUUAUCUCGAUGCACAAGUACCAGCCUCGCAAUCGCAAGACACACAAAUGGCAACAAACACCAAAACCAACACCGAACCCAGUCCUAGAAAGGGCUUCUCAAUCUUCCUCUCACACCCACCACCCCCUACAUUCCCCCAACAAACCCAAGCCCCAACCCGACGCCGCCAAAGAGGUCCUUACCGAGGCCCCAUCUAUACAAUGUCUUCACCAUCGCCCUCCUCGCCAACCGUUUACACAGGUAUCGUGGAUGGGGUCGUUCAGCUCGACUUUGCGUCUACGGAUGACCUAAUAGGUCCGCAGAAAGAGUGGUACGAGUCUAAUCUGGACCUGGGCGUGAACACGGGUUCAGAUGUUUUACCACGCCGGAACGCCGAGCCGUUCAAUUUGGCUGGAUAUGAGCGCCCAGAUGAAGACGAUUUCGCCACUACUUCCAAGCUAAGGAAUCAGUGCGCGUUCAAGGACCUUGAGCCUGGAGAUGUGGCUCGUGAGACGCAUACGGGUUGGGAUUGUAGAUGGGAGACUUUGGAGGAGCCUGGAGCUUGGAGGAGACAGGAUGGAUAA